ACCUCGAGGGGAGCUGGGAAUCCUGCGAGGGUCCCUGUGAGGAGGAGCGAGGGGCAGGAGGGGUCCCCUGUCACUGUCACCCCGAGUGUCACCGCUACCGCAACUGCUGCCGGGACUAUGCCCACCACUGCCACCACGGGAGAGGAUGGAGCGAGGAGGAGGAAGAGGAGGAGGGGGUUGGUGGCCAUGGCGGCUUUUCCCGCAGCCACGAUUCCAUCACCGACCAGGAUCUCCUGAGGAUCUCGGAGCAGCUUUACCAAGCAGAUGAGAACAGAGCCCAGCUCGGUGACCUCACCAUCAACCCCCAGUACCAGGCUGCCCCCGGAGAACUGGGCCACCAGUUGGACCACUGCCCACAGCCGCUCUACAAAUACGUCAACGAGGAGCUUUUCUCCAAACCCACCUAUUCCAGCUUCAUCAGGCUGCUGGACAACUUCCAGAGGGCCACGGGAAAGGAGGAGGAGGUGACAGAGGAGGAGUUGAGGGAGCAGGAGGAAUUCCUGCGGGAGGUGAUGGAGACCAAGGUGAUGGAGAAACUUUUCACCUUCCUCCAGCAAAAAAACCGUUACGAUUCCCAGGAGGAAUUCUACAGCGACCUGAAGGAGAUGUGGUUUGGGAUCUACUCCCGGGGUGAUGGGCAGAGGGAUUCCAGUGGCUUCGAGCACAUCUUCUCCGGGGAGGUGAAGAAAGGAAAAGUCUCCGGGUUCCACAACUGGAUCCGUUUCUACCUCCUGGAGAAGGAGGGGACCCUCAACUACCUCAGCCACAACUUCGAUGGCCCUUGGGACACCUAUCCCGAUGUCCUGGGGCUGCAGUUCAGCUGGGAUGGGUUCCACAAGGAGCUGGGCUCAGCUUUCAUUGGCUCCAGCCCUGAGUUUGAGCUGGGGAUUUACACCCUCUGCUUCAUCAGCCGGCCUGGGAGGCAAUGUCACCUGAGCCUGGGUGGCCACAGCCUCAGCAUCCAGACCUAUCCCUGGACCAAAUCCUCCUACGGCACCGGGAAGAAAUUCAUCGCCACCGCCUACGUGGUGUCCCCGUGA